GUCCCCUGGCUCCAAGAUGGCACUGCAGAGCUCCUUCACCUGUUGGAAUGGGACAGUCCUCCAGCUCGGGCAAGCCUGCAACUUCUACCAGGACUGCACCCAGGGAGAAGACGAAGGCCAGCUGUGCAGUAAUCUUCCUGCUGGUUUUUACUGCAACUUCGAGGAUGGCUUCUGUGGCUGGACCCAAGGCACACUCUCACCCCACAUGCCCCAGUGGCAGGUCAGGACCCUAAAGGAUGCUCAGACUCAGGACCACCAAGGCCACGCUCUGCUGCUCAGCACCACUGAUGUCCCCAAUUCAGAAAGUGCCACAGUGACCAGUGCUACAUUUCCUGUACCAAUGAAGAACUCUCCUUGUGAGCUCCGAAUGUCCUGGCUCAUCCGUGGAGUUUUGAGAGGAAAUGUGUCCUUGGUGCUGGUGGAAAACAAAACCGGGAAGGAGCAGAGCAGAAUGAUCUGGGAAGUGGCCACCAAUGAAGGCUUGAACCUGUGGCAGUGGACAGUGCUGCCUCUCCUCAAUGUGUCUGACAGAUUCUGGCUCCAGAUAGUUGCAUGGUGGGGACAAGGAUCCAGAGCCACCGUGGCAUUUGACAAUAUCUCCAUCAGCCUGGACUGCUACCUCACCAUCAGCGGGGAGGACAAGAUGCCUCAGAACAUAGAACCCAAUUCAAGAAAUCUGUUUGAGAGAAACUCAAACAAGGAGUCAAAAACCUGGGAAAAUAUAUCAGGACAGAACCCCAUCUUUGACCCUAGAGUUCAAUGGCUGUUCACCACAUGUGGGGCCAGUGGGCCCCACGGCCCUACACAGGCCCAGUGCAACAAUGCCUACCAGAAUACCAACCUGAGUGUGGUGGUGGGGAGUGAAGGGCCCUUGAAAGGCAUCCAGAUCUGGAAAGUGCCAGCCUCCGACACUUACAGCAUCUCGGGCUACGGAGCUGCCGGAGGGAAAGGUGGGAAGAACACCAUGACGCGGUCCCAUGGCGUGUCUGUGCUGGGCAUCUUCAACCUGGAGAAGGACGACACGCUGUAUAUCCUGGUCGGGCAGCAGGGGGAAGACGCCUGUCCCAGUACAAACCAAUUAAUCCAGAAAGUCUGCGUUGGAGAGAACAACGUGAUAGAAGAAGAAAUCCGCGUGAACAGAAGUGUGCACGAGUGGGCAGGAGGAGGAGGUGGUGGGGGUGGAGCCACCUAUGUGUUUAAGAUGAAGGAUGGAGUGCCAGUGCCCCUAAUCAUUGCAGCCGGCGGUGGCGGCAGGGCCUAUGGAGCCAAGACAGACACAUUCCACCCAGAGAGACUGGAGAAUAACUCCUCUGUUCUAGGGCUGAACGGCAAUUCCGGAGCCGCAGGUGGUGGAGGCGGCUGGAAUGAUAACACUUCCUUACUCUGGGCCGGAAAAUCUUUGCUGGAGGGUGCUGCCGGAGGACAUUCCUGCCCCCAGGCCAUGAAGAAGUGGGGGUGGGAGACAAGAGGGGGUUUCGGAGGGGGUGGAGGGGGGUGCUCCUCAGGUGGAGGAGGCGGAGGAUAUAUAGGUGGCAAUGCAGCCUCAAGUAAUGACCCCGAAAUGGAUGGGGAAGAUGGGGUUUCCUUCAUCAGUCCACUGGGUGUCCUGUACACUCCUGCUUUAAAAGUGAUGGAAGGCCACGGGGAAGUAAAUAUCAAGCAUUACCUAAACUGCAGUCACUGUGAAGUAGACGAAUGUCACAUGGACCCUGAGAGCCACAAGAUUAUUUGCUUCUGUGACCAUGGGACAGUGCUGGCAGAGGAUGGUGUCUCCUGCAUUGUGUCACCCACCCCAGAGCCCCACCUGCCACUCUCGCUGAUCCUCUCCGUUGUGACCUCUGCCCUGGUGGCUGCCCUUGUCCUGGCAUUCUCCGGCAUCAUGAUUGUGUACCGCCGAAAGCACCAGGAGCUGCAAGCCAUGCAAAUGGAGUUGCAGAGCCCCGAGUACAAGCUGAGCAAGCUGCGUACCUCCACCAUCAUGACUGAUUACAAUCCCAACUACUGCUUUGCCGGCAAGACAUCCUCCAUCAGUGACUUGAAGGAAGUGCCACGGAAAAACAUCACCCUAAUUCGGGGUCUGGGCCAUGGCGCCUUUGGGGAGGUGUAUGAAGGCCAGGUGUCUGGAAUGCCCAACGAUCCAAGCCCCCUACAAGUGGCAGUAAAGACGCUGCCAGAGGUGUGUUCAGAACAGGACGAGCUGGAUUUCCUCAUGGAAGCCCUGAUCAUCAGCAAAUUCAACCACCAGAAUAUUGUGCGCUGCAUUGGCGUGAGUCUGCAGGCAUUGCCCCGAUUCAUCCUGCUGGAGCUCAUGGCAGGCGGAGACCUUAAGUCCUUCCUGCGGGAGACACGCCCUCGCCCGAAUCAGGCCUCCUCCCUCGUCAUGCUGGACCUUCUGCACGUGGCUCGGGACAUUGCCUGUGGCUGUCAGUAUCUAGAGGAAAACCACUUCAUUCACCGGGACAUUGCUGCCAGAAACUGCCUCUUGACCUGUCCCGGGAGUGGAAGAAUAGCAAAGAUUGGGGACUUUGGGAUGGCCCGAGACAUCUACAGGGCCAGCUAUUAUAGAAAGGGAGGGUGUGCCAUGCUGCCAGUUAAAUGGAUGCCCCCAGAGGCCUUCAUGGAAGGAAUAUUUACUUCUAAAACAGACACGUGGUCCUUUGGAGUGCUGCUGUGGGAAAUAUUUUCUCUUGGGUACAUGCCAUACCCCAGCAAAAGCAAUCAGGAAGUUCUGGAGUUUGUCACCAGUGGAGGACGGAUGGACCCACCUAAGAACUGCCCUGGGCCUGUCUACCGAAUAAUGACUCAGUGCUGGCAGCAUCAGCCUGAAGACAGGCCCAACUUUGCUAUCAUUUUGGAGAGGAUUGAAUACUGCACCCAGGACCCAGAUGUCAUCAACACUGCUCUGCCCAUAGAAUAUGGCCCACUGAUGGAAGAGGAGGAGAAAGUACCCAUGAGGCCCAAAGACCCUGAGGGGAUGCCUCCUCUCCUUGUGUCUCCUCAGCAGGCAAAACGAGAGGAACAAGCACCACCGGCCCCACCUCCUCUGUCCACUGCUUCCUCUGGUAAAGCUGUGAAGAAACCCACAGCGGCCGAGGUCUCUGUGCGAGUCCCGAGGGGGCCUGCUAUGGAAGGGGGACAUGUUAACAUGGCAUUCUCUCAGUCUAACCCGCCAUCAGAGCUGCACAAGGUCCAGGGAUCCAGAAAUAAGCCAACCAGCUUGUGGAAUCCAACUUACGGCUCAUGGUUUACAGAGAAACCCACCAAAAAGAACAAUCUUCCAGCAAAGAAGGAGCCACAUGAGAGGAGGAACCUGGGCCAAGAAGAAAGCUGUACUGUCCCACCCAACAUGGCUGCUGGCAGACUUCCAGGGGCCUCACUGCUCCUAGAGCCAUCUGCGCUGACCGCCAGCAUGAAGGAGGUACCUCUGUUCAGGCUGCGCCACUUCCCUUGUGGCAAUGUCAACUAUGGCUACCAGCAGCAGGGCUUACCUUUAGAGGCCACUGCUGCCCCUGGAGCUAGUCAUUAUGAGGACACCGUUCUGAAAAGCAAGAACAUAAACCAGCCUGGACCCUGAGCCCUGCAAACAACUCAUUUCUCUCCCCUGGGGAGGCAGACAUAAUGGCUCCACCACAAACCAGAGACCAAAUGUCACUUUCAUUUUGUGCCAACUUGUUUUGAAGUGCCACAUAAAAAGCUGUAUUUUCACAAUGCUUUAGAAAGGUUUUGAGCAUGGGUUCAUCCUCUUCUUCCAAAAGAAGAAAAUACCAUGAAAGCGGGUGAUAAAUGCAAGGCCCCAAUUGGUUGCAUAAGAUUUUUAUGCAUGGUUGUUGUAUACUUCCUUAUGCUUCUUUUCACUUGUUGUGCUCUGCUUCCAUGUAGUCAGCACUGGCUGCUUAUGUGUUUCAUAGUGGGAGUCAUAGAUACUUCCUUACCUUGUUGAUGUGGACAUGAACCAUUUGAGGGGUGAGGGAACAGAAAUAAAGCAAUUAACUGCAAUGAUUCAGCAUGAGAAAGACAUUCUUUACUUAGAAGAGAAAAAUCAUAGAUAACUUACUAAAGCAUCACAUUUAGAUGGUGGUUAGAUGCUUCUGAUUGUUCCGACUCAUCACCAAUUGUAAAAAAAAAAAAAAAAAUGUCGUGAGUAGUCCCGUAGUACAGAGAAAAUGUAUAUACUCAUCUAAGUGAAAUACAUACAUCCCAAGUGCUUUGAGUACGAUAAAACACCAGUAGUGAUCCAGCGAUGCAAACACCCUAUUAAUAUACCUCAUGCCUUAAGAAAAUCCUACUAAAAGCAAAAGCCUGAGUGUGAGGUUUCCUACUGGUUUUAAAACUCAAGAUUUAAAAUUACUUUCAGUGUUUCCACUAAUUCAAAUCUGAUCAUUUACAAACAAAAAUUUUAAGCAGCAGUGAUACAUUGAAGCACAGAAACAUAUCCAUUUGUGGAUGUAUGUGUCAAUACACCUGAGGCCAAAACCCUAUAACAGCUUCAGUCAAGAAGCCCACCACAAUAAAGCCCCUCUUUGGCUUCAAGGACUGGGCCCCUGGAGGAACAGGCCCUCCUGUGGUCCUAGGAAAGUUCAAACGCAGUACCCUUCCUCUCCUUUUCCCCGCUAAGUUCUUUCUCCCUUAAUCGUGUGAUCCUGGUAUACUGGUAACAUAAAUAUGUUGAAAUAUUCAAAGCAUAAUUUGUAUAGCAGAUUAAAACAAAAAAUUUUUCCUCAAGGUGGCAAUGAGGAAGGAAAUUAAGGAAUGGUGGAGAGCUGAGGUUGACACUGACAUGUUAUGGUAGGAGUUCUUAAACUGGUUUUCACAGAUUAAAUUUGUUUCUAUGAAACAGAAUCAGGAACCCAUUAUAUUUCAUGCACAUGCUUAUGCAAUCAUGUUUUUACCUGUGAGUUUUCAUUUGAUUCCGUCUCUCUAUUCAUAUAUCCAGUUUGCUCCUGGUAGUAGGUGUGCUGAAGGAUCUCUUUGGGAGGGCAUCUUUUUUUAUUAUUAUUACUUGCUAUGUGAGAAGCAUUCCCAAGCAAAAGAACUGUGUGUGUGUGUGUGUGUGUGUGUGUGUGUGUGUGUACACACCUUUCUUCCCACUUCCUUGGUUUCAUCUACAUCAAAAGUGUCACUGUGAGUGCAUGAGAGCCCCUGCAUUCUAUUCCAGUGCCAGACAACUGCUCAAUUCUCUUAAGGCAGUUGCCUGGUCCUAGAGUUGGUGGUUCUGAACAUCUAAGGAUGCACUAGUACUCCAGAGGAUACUUUUCCUUAACUGCCAAAAAUAUUUUCAUCAGAUGUGCAUGAGGAUGAAACAUCCAUGAGCCCAUCCCUGAAUAACUAAAUCAGUAAAGUUUUGAUUCAUGCCAAACUUGGUUCAAGUUCUGACGCAAAAGUAAUCACAUAUUCACAUAAGCAGUGUUCCAGCUCACAAACCACCCAAAGGGGCUCUAGAGUCUCACUUUGAGAAACACUCUCCUAAAGGAUGACAGAGGAACUACCAACAACUGGGAAAACAAUUCCAUUUUAUAUUUAUAACACUAGUAACCAAUUAAGCAGGCAGUACUGCACGUGUUUCAACACCCAAUUCUCUGUUGCUAUUAAUGGAAGGGAAAUUGUAUCCCUUUUCACUCUAAAAACUACAAAUUCAGGUUGUGCCUUACUAUCACUACAACUGAUUUGUUCCUUUUCUCUAAUUGUCUUUAUUAGUAUCGAUGUUCAUGUAAAUGAUAGCCAAAUCUUAAAAGCCUGUAUACAUGGAUGAGAAAAUAAACAACUCCACACUGAGCUAUGGUGACCUCAAGAUGUUUCAUUGAAGUCGAUGUAACCCCUAGGCACCAGCACGGUGUUCAUCUGGACUACUGUCCAGUGCAUGUUGCUCCAGCCAUAUGGCUACAGCAAUUUACACAGAUGCUCUGGGCUCUCAUAAAUUUAUUAACUAUGAUAGCAAGUUCUACCUAGAAUGUAAACAGGCAUAAUUGGAGUUUGCAGGAGCCAUGUUAAUUAAACCAUAAGCUAGUAUAAUUAUUUAUAUACCACAUCUAUAAAGAAUCCAUCAAAAGGUUACAUCUGUUCCACCAGGAAACUGGCAAUUUGUAAGGAAUGGCCACCUUAUUAAUAUUUGGCACCUCAGAAGUGUAUCAAAAGAGCAGAAAUACCCUUAAAAAAGUUUUGUUCUACUUUGUAGCUGAGACUAGAUUCUCUUCCACCAAGUAGAGUCUGUGUCCUGGCUCCCUGGAGGUACCUGAUUUGUUGGCGCUUCCAUAUAAAAAAGAAGGAUAACAUCCCUGCCUCGCUGCACUUGAGGGAGAGUGUGAAGUGUGUGAAAGCACAGGCAUCCCUCUUACACCUCUGCAUUCCCACGUGCUGUGAGGCAGGUUGUGCAUCAAUGUCUAGGAUCCCCAGCCUCAAGCUCAGCAGUUCUUGUGCCACUCAUCUCAGGCCCUUUUGGCUCUCCCAUCUGUGCCAGGUUUUUCUUCACCCCUCACUUAUUUAAUGACAGCAAGAAUCCAACCAGGAUUAAGUCAUUUUCAGCUCCAAAGAGGAAUGAAGAGAUUUUGCCCCACUUAGAACUAAGAUCCAAGUGUUAAAAAUAAGCAGCACAGAACGGAAGCCAGUUCAUUAAUCUGAGUAAUUCUUUUAAAAAAAACUAUUUAGGCAUCUCCAUUUAAUACUUAGUAAACCCAGGGCUGCAAGAUACUAUGUAACUGCAAAUUAACUGUAUUCUUCAAAACAGAACUCUUUAUAUCAAAAUUCACAGGGUACACCACUUAGGAAAUUGUAAAGACUGAGCUAUUCUAAUAGAUUUUCUCCAGUAAUAUAGCAGUAUUAAAAUCCCUAUGAGCUUUGCAAACCUAAAACAAGAUGCCUAUGGAUUCAGACUACUCUAAAUAGUAGGUUUCCCUUGACAAGAUUCAUAAAGUUGUAUGAAGUGUGUUGUCAAUCUGUCUUUUGUUAAUCAUUUUUUAAAUGAGUCCCUAAAGAACCCAUUUGACUGCUAAUUUCAAGGCAGCAGAUGGUUCCCCAUGUUGUGUGAACACACAAAACUAAACCAAAGCUCCUGAAUUCCUCAACAUGGUGCCCUGAAAUUUAAAAAGGAUGACUGCGAAUAAACAGGAAGGCUUUUAUUAAGAUCCUAUUUCCAGGACUAUAGGCAUGGCUCAAGUGGUAGAGUGUCUGCCUAGUAAGUGUGAGGUCCUGAGUUCAAUUCCCAGCAAAAAAAAAAAAUGACAAAACUUAGCUUUUGAAGCUCAUCUUCCACCACAUGGAAUAUGUAACGAUGCCUGAUACACUUUGUCAGCUGUUGAUUUGCACCUCUCAGUGUCCAUUACCAAAGCAAGGAGGCAAAGUUCAAAAAGAGCCCAAUGUUGGGAUCAGGAGUAUGGAUUCCGGUAUUCCUCACCAAGUGUGCCCAGGUAUCAUUAUGAUGGGGAACUCAUUGAGGAGUCUUCUCUCCCAGCUACCACAGGAUUAGAGAGAAGCCCUCUUUUCAGAUUUAUAGAGAUAUUCACUGUCAUUGGAUGGCAAUUUUUAUUGUGCAUCUGGAAAUGGGGAGUCCAAAAAGAUGACUAAUUCAAACAUCCCACAAAGAAAAGAUUGUGAAAACCACAAAUUUCCUACAUUUUACUACACCUGAAAGUUUUUUUUAAAUCAAUCUUUUUGCCUGAUUUUCAAAGUGAUAUUUAUAUAGUAUUUCAAAGUUCUUAAAAUAAAUAAUUUUAAAGGCAGAAAUUCCUUUUACUCAUGUAUAUAAGUACUAAUAAGCAGCUGGUGAUGGUGAUAAAAGAUAAGAAACUAAAGCAGAACAUGAUGUUGGAUUUUGCUCUGUCACACACCAGGGAGCAUGAAGUGAGGUCACAAAGAAUCUCAGGCUAUUUAUUAAUUUCCAAACCCAUUUCCUACAAGAAAGAGGGAAAAAAAGCACUUGGGAAAAUUAUAAUAUUUUAACAGAUGUAUAAUCUAUUGCUAUUCUGAUUAGAAAUCCAUUUUAUUAGCAGGUUCAAAAAAAGGUGACUAUACUCCUUCGCUUUGCUCUUCAGCUUUAUGAAGCUCUGCAUUAUCUAUAAAGCAAGGUCUACUUCCCCUGCCAUCAAUAUGAGACUUGUUAUGACUAUUAAAAUCCAUUUUUAAACACAUUUGGGGAUAUUUUCCCAAAAAACAUUGCACAGUAACACCUAUCCUUCAUAACACAAGCUGUUAGGGGCAGCCAAAGCCAUUUAUGCUGAUGACUGAGUUUUAAGAUGAUCUCAGAAAUCAAAUAAGAAAAAGGAUAAUAAAAAGAAUGGCUUGAAGCUGUACAUAUAAUUUUAACAUAAUUCAGUCUGUAUCAGUCUGAUUUGAUUUGUUAUAUGAAAAAUAAUUAGGUCUUGAAUGAGGCAAAUCUACUUUGAGUAAAGGCAUGAAAAACCUUUUAGGCUAGAACUAAAAAACUUAACCUCUGUAAGACUGACACAGGUCAAGGACAACAUGGCAUUUGAUAUUCAAACUUCCUACAUAUUAGAAAUGCCUAAAAUUCAAAGUACGCACAAAAUAAGUACGGAGAUUUCUGAGACUCACUAUUUGAUUUCAUUUAUCCAGAUGAAACAACCCCAGCUAAACACCCAACCCUGAGACCAAACUCCUGACAAAGACAUGUGUUGGAAUAAAUGUGUGUAGUUAUCUACGUAGCAACAGACUCAGAUAUCUGGGUUCAUUUAGGAUUUUACAGCUGAACUUAAACCAGAUUUAUGAGGAUUUUUUAAAUGACACUGGUGAUCACUAGGAACAGGCUCUAUUUUAGCUAAGAGUCUCAAUAAAACACUUAAAAUAUUUUUACAUCAUUCAGAACUCCCUGCCCCUCUUCAGUGUGCCAUGACCACAAUUCCUUAUUUGAAAGGUACAUUGUCAUGAAGAUGCUACUCCAUUAGAAGAGAGUCUAAAAAGAUAAGAGGAAAAAAGGUUCUUCCAACCCCUUGGUGCUUCUCUUCGAGGGAAAGCUAUAAAACAGGAAAACAGUUUCAUUUCCAUCAAACAGAAUGAAGCUGUAUCAAUGUCAGUAACAUGUGGCCAUCUACUCUGAUUCCAUCGUAUGCAAUUUUUCCCUCUUGUUAAGAAAAGCAUUCACAAAAAUUUUGGAAGAAAAAAACCUUUUUGCCUAUGCAAAUGCAUCACACUCAACUAUUAUAUACUAUUAAAUACAUCCUAAAAACAUAACGUGAUCAGCCUAUUAACAAGCUUCAUUAGGAAUGUUUGUUGUAUAUUCAGGUGGCUUAUGUGACACUUUGUAAAUGAUGGCCUAUGUACCAAGGAAUAUUAACAAACAGUUCUGAAAAUAUACAUGAUAUUAUGAGUUUUGUGUUAACUACUGUACCUAUAUUAUA